AUGGGAAUCCCACUACUCUCGUCACUGAGUGACCUUUACUUGAAUGGAAGAUGGAAUCUACCGCCUGCAAGAUCAGAUAACCAAGUUUCACUACAAGCUCAUCUCACAACUAUUAGCCUUUCGGAUCAUGAUGAUUACUAUGAAUGGGAGAUUGAUGGAAGGAUUGAAAGUAGGUUCAACACGGGCAUGGUUUACAGUAAGCUAGUUAAUCAAUUACCUUUGGUGAACUGGUCCGAUGCUAUCUGGAUCAAAGGAGGGAUUCCGAGACAGAGUUUCCUAUGUUGGCUUUUUGUUUUGAAUCUAUGUCCUACAAAGGACAUAAUUCUUGGAUGGGGCCUCCAAACGGAUCCAAACUGCGUGUUGUGUACAAAUCAAUUGGAGAGUAGGGAUCACCUCUUCUUUUCCUGCAGAUUUACUUGGUCAAUUUGGAGCCGAGUGGCGGCUUGA